AUGGCCGCCUCACUCCCACACCCAAAGAUCGUUAAGAAGCACGCUAAGAAGUUCAAGAGACACCACUCUGACCGUUAUGACAGAGUCGGUGAGUCUUGGAGAAAGCCCAAGGGUAUCGAUUCUGCUGUCCGCAGAAGAUUCCGUGGUACCAUCAGAAUGCCCAAGAUCGGAUACGGUUCCAACAAGAAGACCAGACACCUUUCUCCUUCCGGCCACAAGACCUUCGUUGUCUCCAACACCAACGACCUCGACCUUUUGCUCCUCCACACCAAGACCUACGCUGCCGAGAUCGCUCACAACGUUUCUUCCAGAAAGAGACUUGCCAUCGUCGAGAAGGCUAAGGCCCUCGGUGUCAAGGUCACCAACGCUUCUGGUCGUCUCAACCUCGAGGCUUAA